AUGUCUUUAGCCAAACUCGAUGAUGGGCGUAGCAGUCUUGAAGCUGGUGGUAGGUCGAGCGUAGAAGCCCGUCUCUUAGAUGGAGAGGCUGACCUUGCAUGGGCUAUCGUGAAUGGGCACAAAGAGAUAAUGAGGGUACUUUCAAAGUACGUUGGCUGGACUGACCUCAUUUGUGCCGCUGCUCUUGGGAGCGUGAACAGGGUCAUGGAGCACCUUGAUGAGUGUGAAGAAAGGGACGUCAAUGGUAGGACAGCCCUUAUGUGGGCUGCUAUGAACGGGCAUAAAGAGGUAGUGGAGAUGUUAGUGGAGUAUGGAAAGAAGAUGGUUGAUGACCAGGGUCAUACUGCUCUGUACUACGCUCUCAAGGGUGGGUCUCUUGAGAUUGCCAAAAUACUUAUACCUCACGAAAACCCAACCGAUGAGAACGGCAUCACGGCGCUCAUGCGGGCUGCUACCGAUAGAGACGCCGAAAUGGUGGAAUUGCUUAUACCACUCCAGAAGGGAAUGAAGGAUAAGGACGACAACACAGCGUUCGUGCAUGCCCUCAAAAACAAACAUACGGACAUCGCUCUGCUUCUCCGCGGACAUGAAUCCCCCUCGUGGACUCCCUUGAUGUGUGCUGCUUUCAUCGGUGAUGUCAAAGUAGCCAGAAGAUAUUUAUCUAGCAAAGAUGAGAAGAAUAAUGAUGGUAACACUGCGUUAGUACUUGCUGCGAGGGCAGGACAUAGAGAUAUCGUAGAGCUUAUUGAUCCUAUUGAUGAGAACGGCAUCACGGCGCUCAUGCGAGCUGUUGGUAGAAAUGACGUGGAGGCUGUAAAAGCACUCUUACCCAUCCAGAGGGGAAGAAAAACAUACAAAGAGGUCACAAUAAGCGGAUGGUACAUGCGCAAAGGAACAGCUCUGAUGAUGGCUGCGGCACAUGGAUACGCAGAAAUAGUAGAACUGCUAGCAGAGCACGAAAAGGGAGAGAAAGUAGGCGGUUGGACCGCUCUCAUAUUCGCGGCACGGUGCAAUCGUUCCAAUGACCCCCUGGUGGACUAUUCUAAGUGCGUUGAGCUCCUGGUAAAGCACGAGGGCGACAUUUCAGGGUGGACGGAUCUCAUAUAUGCCGCUUACCGUGGCGAUAUUGACGCAGUCAGAAACAACCUUCAUAUGAAGGGAAGCCAGGAUGCUGGUGGGUGGACAGCGCUUAUGUAUGCAGCAGCACGAGGGCACGAAGCGAUUGUAGAGCUGCUCAAGCAAGAAACUCGUAUGAAGAAUAACGAUCAUCAGACUGCCCUCAUGUGGGCAGCACGCAAUGAUCAUCCAGAGUGCGUCAGGCUCCUAAUGAAGGACGAAGGCGGCAUGCAAACGACCAAGGGCUGGACCGCCCUUAUGAACGCAGCAUAUAGCAACACCGUGGAGUGUGCAAGGCUUCUUAAGGAAACCGAGAAAGAUCUGAAGACAACCUGCAGCUGCCAUGGUCACUCGCCUGGUACCACUGCUCUCGACAUCGCUAAGAAGAAGGAUCACAAAGAGAUAGUAGACAUCCUUUCAAGCUGA